UCUAUAAAGACGACUUCUCCCAUCUUUAACAUCCAUAUUAUUAUUCACAGUUCAAUUAACUAUCAAUAUGCCUGCCCCAGAAGUCAACCAGCCAAAGGCCCAGACGAUGGAUGUUCCAUCUGCUCAGGAAAUCCAGGAACAGCCUAAACCUGUUGAGAAGAUGACCGUCGAGGAGCCUGUUAGCAUGCGCGGUGGAGGAACAGGAGGACUCUGCUGCGGCCUUUGCGCCGGGUUUGCUUGCUUUGAGUGCCUCGAAUGCUGCUGCUAGGCGCAUUGAUUAUGUGCGGAUGAGACGGGAUGGAUACCCCUGUGAUAUACCCGGGGUGAAAGCUUGAGUGUUCGUCUAUUCUUUGGCGGGUUGGUCUUGGUGACGGGUUACGACUGGGAGGGUUGGUGGUGUUUCAGAUUUACGCGCACGAGCGACGAUGCUAUUUAAUGAUGAUAUCUUGAAUCUAU